AUUUGACAGUUGGGUGAGCACAGUUUCGUUGAAAUGGGCAACACGAAGUAGUAAGGAUAUUCUUGUAGAAUUAAGUAGUUAGGAAUAUGGAUUGGGUAAUAUCAGACGAACUGUCCCUUACCGUAGGAGCAGUAGUGGGUUGGAUAAGUGCUGGUGCUAUGAUUAUAGGGGGUGUCAUCCCUUACAUUCCGCAAUAUAGACAAAUUAAAAAAUCACAAGAUGCAGAAGGUUUCUCGUUGUUGGUGUGUCUUGCCCUUUUAAUAGCAAAUACUUUACGCAUUAUGUUCUGGUUCGGUAAACACUUUGAAUAUCCCCUUCUUAUUCAAAGCAUCAUCAUGAAUGUAACAAUGUUCAUUAUGAUACAUCUAUGUGUUCGAGUUAGAAAUAGAAAUCAACUGAUGCAAGCAAGGCAGAGGAUUUUCACAGCAAAACCCAGUGAAGUCGUCAGAUUGUUAAAAUCUAAGCCUCCCCGCUCUACUCACAAUAUUUGUGAUUUCGAUAUUAAAUAUUUUUGGAAUUGGAACGACUUCCAAUCAUACAUAGACUGUAUGCUAGUUUUCACGAUUGCAACGUCAAUAAUGAUGUACCUGUUCAUAGAUAAAAUUAUUUUUGUGGAAAUUAUGGGCUUCCUAGCUGUUUUUACUGAAGCUAUGCUAGGUACGCCACAAUUAGUGAAAAAUUUUAAGAAUAAAUCUACCGAAGGAAUGAGUUUAACUAUGGUAAUAAUGUGGACUUGUGGUGAUGUAUUUAAAACUUUAUAUUUUUUGUUCCGCGAGGCUCCAAUUCAGUUUUGGAUUUGUGGAUCAGUGCAAGUGGCUGUGGACGUGUUAAUUUUAAUGCAAGUUUACAUAUAUAGGGGCAAUACCGAACCUCAGCGUGUGAGAUCGCAUAGAGGAGAUUGAGUGGUUAUUAUAUGGACUCAUGAUGACGGAACAAACCAAACCAAGGAUGCGAGUAAGGCAGAAGAGGAGCUAAAUGAUUACACCACCAACGUCGACAGCAAUGUCGGCAGCAAUAGUAAUAGUAUAGAUGAUACCCCAGAGGUCACGAAAGGUUCCCAUGAUGAGAAAACCAUAAAUAAUAGCGAUAGCAAAAUAGACUUGAAAAGGAAAUUCUGUAACAUGCAUGUUAUUAAUGCUGUUAUACACAACGACAACCGAAUCAUGGUAGGUGAUGCAAGUAGUUAUAAAGUUGAUCGUGAUAUCAGUGACACGCGAAGUAGUUUUAUAAAUAAAUUCAAUGGUGAUUUUAAAAAUCGAGCUUCACAGUUUUCAUAUAAAAAAAAUGCUAAACAUAAAGUUAGUAUGCUAAUUCACAGGCAUACGUUAUGACGUAUACUUGCUUUAGGACAACAAAUUUCCUUUUUUUUUUUUUUUUUAAUUUCCUUAGUUUGUGUAUAUAAAGUUGCUAUUUAUAAUCGUCAUUUGUAAUAGGCACAUUUUGUUUAACUGAUGUAUACGGUGCAAUAAUCAUAUUAGCUCUUUUCGUAGCUAUCUUAUGUUUAAGAACAACGUGCUUUUAGUUGUUGUUUCAAGAGUUUAAAUAGUAAUGUAAAUUCUAAAAUUUGCAGCACGAAAAGAUAUAUAAACAUACAGCAGGAACAAAUUAACCAACUGCCAAAGUUUUAUUGGCGAACAAAGAAUAAAUGCUUUUUAUUAUUUAUAGUAUACUAGUUUGAAGAACAAUUAAACAUCUUACAGGUCAAUAUUAAGAACUAAUUUAUAAUUAGUAAUAUUUUUUUAUAACAUUUUUUUAAUUUGCAAUUUUAGAUUAACUGUAGAAUAUAUUAAACAAAAAAUAUUGUAAAUGAAAUUAUUUUAAACGGUGCGUGAACAUAGUGGACAACGUAAACGAGAAGAACAAUAGUUCACUCCCAAGUUAUCUUGUGUUUAAUUUAAUAAUAAGUACAACGUGUGUCUCUCCUUAUGCAGCUUUUUCGCGUGUGAUACCUAAGAAAACACUGCAGUGGGACAACAUAUUCCAUUUUUUAAAGCAAUAUGUAAAAUUAUGUACAAAGAUAAUAAAAGAAGGCAAGCACCAUAUAUAGCUGGAAAUUGUUUUAAGUCAUCGUGUUUUGUCUGAUACUAUCCAAAGAAAACAUGUUUUGUUUAUCACCUAUUUAUUAUUGCACGUAUGGUAUGUACAAAGUUCCAAUUUAAUGCCCGGUUUCUAGAAAUAAAAUGAAUAAUUUCUGUGUAGUAUUUUUAAAACUUAAUGUAUAUACAAUUUUCAAAGAGAUCAUUUUAUGAAAGUAAUAUAUUUUUUAAUUGGAUACAAAUUAAGUUGAAUAUAAUAUUCACUGGUGUACAAGGUAUUUAAAUGUAAUCAGUUCGUUGCUUCUUCUAAAUAUGAUUUUUUUAAGAUUGUUCAAAAUUCAGUUAUGCUUUCUUUAUUUCAACCAUUCUUGGGAAAUAUUUUGUUUUAAUUUAAUUGUUUUCCAAUUUUUUAACGAUUUUGUAUCUAUUUCUUCCAAAUGUAGCAGGCCUUCUUCCGUAAAUAAUAUAAUCAUAUCAUUGGUUUUUACCUGCAUCUAGACACUAGGGCAAUCUCUGUGAUUAUAUUUAAUUGUGUAUGUUGCUAGUCUUAAUAUCUCUUUAUAAAAUAGUUAUAUACUGCGUUUAUUCAUUAUGUUAACUGAACAUAACAUUACGAUUUGACUUUUAUUUGAUUCUGUCAUAUAAUUUAUAAAUAUAUUUUUGUUAUUGAGAAAUAUAACUCGUUAAAAUAUGAUUUUUGUUAAGUAUUUCGAAUAAUUAAGAGCGCAAUGUGUGUGAUUUCGAAAAAAAAAAUGUGUUUUUUUUAUUUACUUUGUUGCUGUUAUUAGACGGACUAUGAGUGCAGGGCACUUUGAAGAAAUCGGAAGAAUGUUGAAACAUUUUAAAUAUACUGUACAAAGUUUAGCAACCUGCAAUCUUUAAGACAAAAUUACGUACAAACUAAUUUUAAAAACAACAUGAUGUAAUUUUUAAGUAAGUUUAAAUUAUUCGUAUUGUGUGAGUAUCACAAAUACUAGUGUAUAAGAUUACAAAAAAAUCGAACAAAAUACUUAAGAAGAACCGUGCAACAUUCAACACUGAUUGCUCGUGUCAUUAUCAAAUAAUUUUUUUGUGAUAGUUAAUGUGAUACAUAAAAAUUACAACAAUAUUAUACAUAAUAUAUCAAAUUUUUUUAACAUAUUUGUUAUAGUACAAAACACAACAUUCUUUAUUCAUAAAGAGGAAAAAUUUGAUUUAAUUCUGCUUAGCUUUUGAAUGAAUAUCACUUUUAAAUUUAUGCAAUCGGUGCGUCGUAUGAAUAAACUUCAAUAAACAUAGUACACUUCUUGUCCUUUCACUUUUUUAAUAAAAGUAAAAGUAUUUGGUUAGGUGUAUUUAGAUCACACAUAAGUUUCGACGUAAUAGAAGGAAGUUUCUUCAAAAAACUCGUUGAGUGUAUUGGCUGCGGUUACAGCGUUGUAAAUUUAACGCAAAAAUAAAUUUGUACUUACAAACCUAAUACUUUUAUCAUUUUCGAUUCUUGUAUUCAUGAUAUCGUUACGGCCUAAAUUCAAAAUCGCACUCCAGAGUACACUAUCGAAACGUUGAUACAAAUUUAUUAAUGAAUGUAAUUUCGAAAACAAGAACAAGUAACAUUUUUAUAAUGACAUGCAGCCAUAGAUGUUCCGCUUGUUUUCUUUUUAUUUUCAUCAUUGACACUCAAUCGCAAGAGACAUUUUUUCGGAUUAGAUUGCAGGUUGUGUUUAUUUGCAGUACACGUUUGGGUAUCUUAAAUAUUUAACGAACUAAUAAAAAAACAAAAUUCUGUUUGCACCGUCAUAAAAAUCGGAUUUUUUUAUGACAUAUAAACUAAUUAAAAUAUAGAUUCCCAAUUGUCAAAGUAAAGAUCAUUAUACUUCAGAUUGCUCUGCAAAGCCCCUUUAUGUUCAAUUCCAGUCUUCAGGAGCAUUCCGAAUUGUAAAGAAAAUUCCAUUAUUAUUGUUAUAAUUUAUUACUUUGCCAAAUUUUGUCUUCAGUUAAAUCUUAACAAUAAUUUUACAAAGAUUGUAAUUUUUGAUACUUUGUAAAUAUUGAAAAAAUAAAUUAUAUUUGACAGAA